CAUAAGACAAGCUCGACUCGUCAGUGCUAACUUAUUAGAACCGGACUCCUCUUCAACUCAUUGCUUGUCCAUCCUCAGCGCUCUCCGCUGCUCUGCCGUCCCAGUGCCUCCUCAUGCGCUGUCCUCCCCAAGAACCACGAGGACUCCUACUGUUGGUCAAGCAGAUCAAAGGCGGUGAAUACAAGUGCUUAAGGAGUUCAUAUGGCUGGUUUGGAGGAGCUAAAAAGGAAGUUGCAGCCCUUAUUUGACUCCACAAAUGCUCCCUCAGUUGCACUCUCUCUCGAUCCUUGUGACUCAUACACGGUUUCGGAUGAUGGAAAUGUUAAUUUAUUAAGCAGAUCAUAUGGAGUCUACAAUAUUAAUGAGCAAGGGUUGCAAAAACGUCCAGCAGUUAUAGGAAGUGAAACUGAAACUGGUGAAAAGACAUACUGCUGUGCCUCUCAUGAAAUGCAUGUUUUUGGAACCAUAGGUUGUGGAGCUAGCAGUGUGGUGCAACGAGCUAUUAAAGUACCAAUUCAUCGAAUUCUGGCAUUGAAGAGGAUAAAUGUGUUUGAAAAGGAGAAAAGGCAACAACUACUUAAUGAGAUUCGGACCUUAUGUGAAGCAUCAAAUUACUCUGGUCUAGUUGAAUUUCAUGGUGCAUUUUAUACGCCUGAGUCUGGACAAAUCAGCAUUGCUCUGGAGUAUGUUGAUGGAGGUUCAUUUGCAGAUAUAUUGAAAUUUCAGAAAGUUAUUCCUGAGGAUGUCCUUUCGUGCAUGGUUAAAAAAUUGUUGGAUAGUCUAAACUACUUGCACGGAGUAAGACGUUUGGUGCAUAGAGAUAUAAAGCCGGCCAAUUUGCUUGUAAGCCUCAAAGGGGAGACAAAGGUCACAGAUUUUGGUGUCAGUGCUGGUUUAGAUAAUUCAGUGGCUAUGUGUGCUACUUUUGUGGGCACAGUCACAUACAUGUCACCUGAGAGAAUACGAAAUGAGACCUAUUCCUUCGCUGCAGACAUUUGGAGCCUUGGAUUAACCAUCCUCGAAUGCGGUAGUGGAAAAUUCCCAUACAGUGCAAAUGAAGGGCCUGCAAAUCUAAUGCUUCAGAUCUUGUAUGAUCCUUCACCCACACCUCCAAGAGAUUCAUUUUCACCAGAAUUUUGCUCAUUUGUCGAUGCUUGUCUUCAAAAGGAUUCUGAUGCACGACCAACAGCUGAGCAGCUUUUAUCACAUCCAUUCAUCAGAAAGUAUGAGAAUGCUCGUGUGAAUUUACGGGAAUAUAUUCGAAGUGUUUUUGAUCCAACUCAGAAGCUGAAAGAAAUAGCUGAUAUGCUUUCUGUGCACUACUACUUACUUUUUGAUGGGUCUGAUGAGCUUUGGCAGCAUAUGAGAACAUUUUAUACUGAAAACUCUAGCUUCAGCUUCUCUGGAAAGGAUUACGUUGGGCAAAAUGAUAUAUUUACAACUCUAUCAGACAUAAGGAGAAAAUUGGCUGGGCAUCGUCCACAAGAGAAAAUUGUUCAUGUGGUGGAAAAACUUCAAUGUCGUCCACAUGAGCAAGAUGGAGUUGCCAUUCGGGCAUCAGGAUCAUUUAUCCUCGGCAACCACUUCCUUAUAUGUGGAGACGGUGUUCAAGCGCAAGGAAUGCCCAGCAUCCAAGAAGCACCACCCGAUGUUGACAGGAAGCGUGUGGGAACCUUUUAUGAGCAAUUUAUCAUGGAACCAGGGACUUCCAUCGGUAGCUUCUUGAUAGCUAAGCAAGAACUCUACAUACUGCAGGCCUAGAGAGAGUAAAAAGGAAUUCUGUUAGACCUAAUUGCUUAGUUAUUACAUAUACUUGAAAGGAAGGGUAACUAGCUUUGUUAGGCUUUUCCCAUGUAUCUUGCAGCUGAUUUCACGACAGUAGUUGUAGCUCUACAUGAUGGAUCAAAUUCAGAGCCCAGUAAUUAUGGUGAUAAGAAAUUGCAUAAAAGUUAUUCAGCUAUGUGAUGGUAUUAGUUUUCUCUAAGUGUAUUACUACAAUCAAAUACAUAGAAUUAUUAAUAAGAUUUAGUUUUCGCUUUUGUUAUACA